CAUUAAAUAUGAGGCAAAAGCAUUCUCUCACCAUCUCCCUGUGUUGUUAUUUCCCUUGUUUGACUUUAGGCAUCUUAGCAGACUACAGAGAGACAUGGGAAAGACCAGAAACACAUCCCUGGACACUGUGGUGACAGAUUUCAUUCUCCUGGGCUUAUCUCACCCCCCAAGUCUCAGGACCCUCCUCUUCCUGGUCUUCUUCACCAUCUACAUCCUGACUCAGCUGGGGAAUCUGCUCAUUUUGCUCACCGUGCGGGCUGACCCAAAGCUCCAUGCUCGCCCCAUGUACAUGCUUCUGGGCGUCCUCUCAUUCCUGGACAUGUGGCUCUCCUCCGUCAUCGUUCCCCGGUUAAUUUUGAAUUUUACACCUGCCAGCAAGGCUAUCCCAUUUGGUGGCUGUGUGGCUCAGCUGUAUUUCUUUCAUUUCCUGGGCAGCACUCAGUGCUUCCUCUACACCUUGAUGGCCUAUGACAGGUACCUGGCCAUAUGCCAGCCCCUGCGCUACCCCAUGCUCAUGAAUGGGAGGUUAUGCACAUUCCUUGUGGCAGGAGCAUGGGUGGCCGGCUCCAUCCAUGGGUCUAUCCAGGCCACCCUGACCUUCCGACUGCCCUACUGUGGGCCCAACCAGGUGGAUUACUUUAUCUGUGACAUCCCUGCAGUAUUGAGACUGGCCUGUGCAGACACCACUGUCAAUGAGCUUGUGACCUUUGUGGACAUUGGGGUUGUGGCGGCCAGUUGCUUCCUGUUAAUUCUGCUCUCCUAUGCCAACAUAGUCCAUGCCAUCCUGCGGAUUCGCACUGCUGAUGGGCGGCGCCGGGCCUUCUCCACCUGUGGCUCCCACCUAACCGUGGUCACAGUCUACUAUGUCCCCUGUAUUUUCAUCUAUCUUCGGACAGGCUCCAAGAGUCCCCUGGAUGGGGCAGUGGCUGUGUUUUACACCGUUGUCACUCCGUUACUGAACCCCCUCAUCUAUACACUGAGGAACCAGGAAGUGAAGUCUGCUCUUGGGAGAAUAGCAGCAGGUAGAGGGGCUGGGGGUGAAAAUAAGUAG